GGUACGCGUGGCCGCCGCUCCUGUGACAGCUGAGCGAAACAAGCCAAGAUGAUCUCCCUCACCGACUCCCAGAAAAUUGGAAUGGGGCUAACAGGAUUUGGUGUAUUUUUCCUGUUUUUUGGGAUGAUCCUGUUUUUUGAUAAAGCUCUCCUUGCCAUAGGAAAUAUCCUUUUUGUUGUCGGGCUGGCAUUUGUAAUCGGGCUGGAGAGGACAUUCAGGUUCUUCUUUCAGAAGCACAAAAUGAAAGCCACCAGCUUCUUUCUAGGAGGCGUCUUCAUAGUGCUGAUUGGAUGGCCCAUCGUCGGAGUGAUUCUAGAGUUUUAUGGCUUCUUUCUGUUAUUCAGGGGAUUCUUUCCAGUGGUCGUAGGCUUCAUCAGGAGGAUUCCUGUGCUGGGAUACUUGCUGAAUCUUCCCUUCAUUAGUGGGUAUGUGGACAAAAUGAGUGAAAGCAACAACAUGGUUUAAAAUACUUUUUUUUACCGCUUAUUUAUGAUGGGUUUUCUAAAGCAUUACCUUAUAAAACCAUGAGAAGUAUAGAGGUCGUAUUACCGAAGCUUUAUAUUCAGACGUGUUUCCAUUGCAAGGACGUCUGAGUGAUAUUUACGUCAGUGAGAAGCAAACUGUGCAGCGUGGAAAACAAGCCACUCCUUCGCCAGCCGGCCAAAGCAAAGCAAUCUAUAGAGCUGCGUCACAACAUCCAGCAUCCCUGAAGAACUGUGCCCUACUUUAUAAAUGCAAACUUCAUGAAGAAGUUACUGGAGAUCCGUGUUUGAAUGUGCAGAAGUGACUUCUGAAAGUUUAUUCUGUUACAACAAUGGCCUUGUUACAUGGUUGUGUCUAUAUUUGUAUUUUAAAGAGGGAGGAGAGCUGGAUGACUCUUAUUUUCUUGAUUUAUGUUUUUUUUUCUAUGACACCUGCUGAAAAUGCAAGUGUGAUAUUUACACUUUCUGGUAAAAUUAAACUGUUACUAAUCAGACUGGCAUACAGAGAUGUUGUUCUUAUUAUAAUAAUAAUUAUUUAUUAGUAUUAUUAUUCAUUUUGUUCUUUUGUCGUCUUAAAAAAAUGUAUCUCAAAUUUUUUAUCACUGUCAGAUUGCAGCACUGGGGUUUCAAAAUGUUUC